AUGGAGGCAACUAGCGCCCACAGCCAAGAAGGCCAAGAUGACCUUGAUCUGCGCAAACUCGGCUACCAGUCUGUGCUGGCCCGUGGAUGGAGCGCCUUCGACAACUUUGCCUGCUCAUUCUCUGCUCUCAACUGCAUUGGCGGCAUUCGCGUGCUGUUCUACAUUGCGCUGAGUGCUGGUGGGCCUGCUGCCAUGUGGAGCUCUUGGCUCUCCGGUAGUAUCCUGUCCAUCAUCACCGCCGCCACCUUGGCAGAGGCUUGUUCGACCUACCCCGCCGCUGGCUCUAUUUACUACUGGGCUUUCCGAUCGUGGGGCGGUGGUGGUGUAGGACGUUUUGUAUCCUUUUUGGUUGCUGCGUGGACUUUGGUCGCGUGGACGUCCUUCCUGGCGAGUGAUUCCUUUGGUGUUGCCAACUAUCUCAUCUCGGAGGUGGUCGUGUUCAACCCAACCACUUCUUUUCCGCAUGAAACAUCGGAUGUCAAAGCGCGUGCUGUCGCUUGGGCCUUGUCGCUGUUCUUCCUCGCUUUGGCUACCUCGUUGAACUUUUUGCAUCCUCGUUCGUAUGCUUGGAUCUUUCGUGCUGGUCUGAUCGUCAUUUCGAUUGACAUUCUCCUCAACUUCAUCUGGUUGCCGAUCGGAGUAUCCAAGACUUACGGUUUCCAAUCCGCAGAAUAUGUGUUUACAUCAACAUACAAUGGAGGAGGGACGAGUGCUGGCCUGAACUGGGUGUUGUCGUGGUAUCUGACAGCUAGUUGUCUCGUCGGCCAGGAUGCCUCUGGCCACGUCGCUGAAGAAACUGUCGCAGCGAAGAAAUCCGCUGCUCAAGGUGUCUUCUGGGCGACUGUUGCCUCUGCGCUGUGUGGCUUCCCGAUUAUCAUUCUGUUCUUGUUCUGUAUGCCGCCGAUUGAGACAUUCUAUGACACCACUGUGCCCCAACCGUUUAUCAACAUGUAUGCACUGGCACUUGGGCCACAUGCCCACAUUGUUGCUACUAUCGUGGCUAUGAUCGGGGCUAUCCUGAACACAUCAAUCUCUCUCGUGGCCGUCUCCAGACUUGUCUUCGCCAUCGCCCGUGACUCUGUCUUUCCAUUCAGCGACAUCCUCUGCCGUGUCUCAAAAGACAAGCAGCCACAUAACGCCGUCAUCUUCAUCUCCACCUGUGCGGCCCUUCUCCUCUGCACUCAGCUACCCUCCCAAGUCGCCUUUUCAAGUCUGACAUCCACCUCUGCCGCCGGCUCCAUCGCUGCGUACGGCUUGGUCGGUUUCGGUCGUGCAUUCAUCACUCGCAAGACAUUCAAACCUGGCUUUUGGGAUCUCGGUCGAUUCGGUGUUUUAACUGCUGUUGUCACCUUUAUCUGGAACAGCUUUGCGUUUGCCGUACUUUGCGCUCCGCAAUAUGGUGAUGCUGCCAUUGCGGAGGAUUCGACUCUGUUCAACUAUGCCAUCGUCAUCAUGGCGGGUAUCACCGUCGUUGCAUUGGAGGAAUGGUGGCGCAAGUCACAGAACGAUUGGUUCGGAAAUAUCAAGGAUAUCGACACGAAUACCGAUGCAAGCGUUGAGCCUGAGCCAGUCUAUGAGACUGGAAAGCGGGAUGAGCCUUCUUCUGGAAUGGCCGUUUAGUGGUUUACCAUUCUGUAUCGGUG